CAAGACGAUGGCGUCACAGAAGCCGGCGGGCUUGUUCGGUUUAGUUGGGAUACUCGCUGGCUGUCUUGCUUGAAGACCACCCCGCUGAGUCCUUGCAAUGGCCAUUUGUCAGUUCUUCCUUCAAGGCCGUUGCCGCUUCGGAGACCGGUGCUGGAACGAACAUCCGGGUGCCAGGGGUGCGGGAAGGGGACGACAGCAACAGCCCUCAGGUAGUAACAGGAAUGAAGGAAAUGCUACCAGCCAGAGAUAUUCCAGUAUCAUCCAGCCAUCCAGUUUCUCCAAAUCCACACCGUGGGGAGGUAGUAGAGAUCAAGAAAAGUCAUCUUUCAGUUCUUUUGAUUCUAAAACUUCAACUUCCAGGAACACAGGUUUUGGAUUAUCUCAGAACCCAUUUGCUUCACCUAGCUCUGAAGAGCAGAAAGAUGAAAAGAAGCUUCUAGAAGGAAUCAUAAAAGAUAUGGAGAUUUGGGAAUCUUCGGGGCAGUGGAUGUUUUCUGUUUAUUCACCAGUGAAAAAGAAACCUAGUAUUUCAGGUUUUACAGAUAUUUCACCAGAGGAGUUGAGGCUUGAAUACCAUAACCUCUUAACCAGCAAUAACUUACAGAGUUAUCUAAAUUCUGUCCAACAGCUUGUAAACCAAUGGAGGAAUAGAAUAAAUGAACUGAAAAAACUAAAUACCUCAACUAAAGUAGCUUUGCUCGCUGAGUUAAAGGAUGAAGCAAAUCAUACAGCACGUACAUUUGGAUUUGGAAGUGGACAAGCAGGAACAUUUGGGUCACCAGGUUUUCCAGUGAAUAAUAACAGCAGUGCUAGUACUCAAAAUUUUAGUUUUAAAACAAACGGUAGAAUUUUCACUGCCCCUGCUGGAAGCCCUUCUGUGUUUGGGGCGCCUCCAGCAUUUGGAGCUGUACCCUCUACUAAUUCUGCCAGUUCUACUUCCACUCCAAAUUUUGGAUUUGGGAAACCUGAAAUCACUUCUGCUGCGUCAUUUUCAUUUAAAAGCACUUCAGCUUCCACUUUGGGAUCACCCGGACUUUCAGGAUUUCCAACUUCCGUGUCAGCAGGCCCUUUUGGAUCUCCAGCGGCCCCAGCCUUUGGAAGUGGCAGUUCUGUGGCUGGUUUUGGUAGUUCUGGCUCACAUUCUCUCACUGCUAUUUCUAAGCCAUCUAAUGACGUCUUUGGAGGUGGCAGCACAUCUACCUCUCUCCCAGUCUCCAGUGUCCUCAUUACAACAGAUAAUGUGUUAUUCACACCCAAGGAUCAACUAACAGCAGAAGAACUGGAACAAUUUCAGUCCAAGAAAUUUACUCUGGGAAAAAUUCCAUUAAAGCCACCACCUAUGGAGCUUCUAAAUAUCUAAAAGGGCAAUUUUUAAUACAGAAAAGAAUAGAGAGAUUGAGGAUCUUCGGAGAUUUUUUUUUUUUAAGUGUUAGGGAAUCAAACCUUGUACCUCAUACAUGUGAGGCAAGCACUCUACUACUAAGCUAUGUUCCCAGCCUUGGGAAUGGUUUCUGAGAUUAUCUUAUGUGGUUCAUAUAAAAUAAUAUAUGUAUAGGUUUUAAAGUUUAACUUUUUUCUUGAGUCUGACUACAUAAAACAUAAAAUCCCAAUGAGAAGGAAAUUUUUUGUACUGUAAUUAUGAAUGGAACUGAAAUAAUUUGUAUUGAAUAAAAUAAUUUUCUUAUUCUAUAUUACUUUACCAUUUUGGAACUAAAAAAAUUUGUACUGAAUUAUUUUCUCUAUACCAUUUAUUGUCUUACUUUUUAAAGCUCUGUAUGUGUGCUGGGGGUAUUAAACCAAGGGCCUUGCACAUGCUAAUUGAGUUUUCUACAUCCCCAGCCCCUGAUUUUUUUUAACAUUUAAAAAAACCUAAUAAAAGAUGCAUACUCUCAAUCAUUUUAGCAUAUAUCCAAAGGAUUCAGUCCUUAGAGGAUCUAAAUUCUUCUAAAUUCCAUUACACUUUUUGAAGAACUAUAUGAUUCCAGCUGAAGUGGAUUUGGAACAGAAUCUAUACACAUGAAUUCUUAUUUUUCAUGUUUGAAACCAUCCCUGGUGUAGAGAUGGUAUGCAGACCAUAAGUUUCUUUUUCUUUGUCCUCCAGCUGUAAAGAACUUUCAGUAUUCCAACUUAAUAGGUGAAUCAGCAUUUGAUUGCUUCUAUAAACCCUGCACUACCUAUAGAUGUCUUAGUCCAUUCUUAUUGCUAUAACAAAAUACCUAAGCCUGGGUAAUUUAUAAGGAACAGAAAUUUACUUAUAGUUGUGGAGGCUAGAAGUCUAAGAUUUAGGUGCCAGAAGUUUCACUGUCUGAUGAAGACCUGCUCUCUCCCUCCAAGAUGGUACCCUUGUUCCUUCAUUCUCACAUGGCAGAAAGGGACAUGGCCAAAAAGAGAUGUGCUCUCGUGACAGGAGAGAACAAACUCACUCUCAAGCCUCUUAUAUAAGGGUUCCCAAUCCUGUCCAUGCAGGGUCUAUCCUCAUGAUUGAAUCAUCUUCUAAAGGCCUCACCUUUUAUUCAGGCUGAAUUUUGGGAGACAUUCUGGUUCUAACUGGACUCCAAGCUUAUGUCCCAGUUGAAAUUCCCAAUGUCCUUGAAGUUCUCAGAGGAUGCAGGUUAAGGACUCACUGUUUUCAAAUGUGCCUGGUUCUAAGAAUCACCUGGAAUGUUUGUUUACCCAGACAAUAUAUCCAGAUUGUGAGGCCUUUCCAUUUGGCUGGGCUUGGAAGUAUGUUAACAAAUAUUCCAUAUGAUUUUUAGGCAAGUUUGGGAAACAUCCAGCUGAAUUUUACUGCUUAGUGGUAUCUGCGAAUCUUGUGUGCAUACACCCAAAAAUGUAAAUUUAAUGGAACCCAAAAUUGUCAAAUAAUGCAAAGUUGUCAAAAAGCAGAAGCAGAUGUUAUGGGUUACUUAAAAGUAUGAGAAAUUAAGCAGUGAAGUCUACACUGUAGAAUCUAGCAGUAUGCAGGCACAGAGGUUACAGGCAUCAAGAAGACUAGGAACUCAUAGACUUGAACUAAGGGGCACCAGGGCUUUGGGAAAUCAGAAUAUGUGAGAGUGAAGUGCUCAGGCACAAAGGCAGUUUGAGUUUCCAGAUGGCCAAGAAAUUAAAAGGAAAAGGCAGCAACAGCCUAUGCUUCAUCUUCUGGGUUUUUACAGUGAGCAAGAGCCAGUUUCAGAAGAGCUAGACUAACUGUAAGGCUUACACCGCCCAAAGCAAAAACAGCACCCUUCCCAGCUGCUGAGUUGUCUCACUGGGGCCUAGGACAACUGGCAGAAUUGCAAAUAAGGUAAAAUUGCAGUAAACUGAUUUAAGUUGCUUGGUUGUCUAACCAUAGAUGCGAAGGGGGAGAUGAAACAGCUGGGAGCCAAUUUAAAGGGGGAGAGUGAGCUGAUAGUAAAGAGAGCUCUUAAGGGGCUGGAGGUGUAGAUAAGUGAAAGAGACAGUGCUUAGCAUGUGGGAGGCCCUGAGUUCAAGCCUCCACACCAAAAAAAAAAAAAAAAUUU